CUGUGGACGGAGACCCGUGUGACCUGUCAUGCCUGUGAGAAGUGUCCCAUCCCAGGCAGAGAACAGCCAACCAUGGAGGAGCAGGCCUGGAUUUUGAGGGGCAUACUGACCCAGCUGGAGAGCCAGGAGACCAGCGCUGGGGCAGCAUCAGACUGUAUUGCCGGGGAGUUUGAGAAGUUGAAGAAUCUGUCCAUGAAGUAUCGUGCCAACAAUACCUUCCCCACCAAGGCAGCAGAAAAGCAGGAAAACAUCAAGAAGAACCGAUACAAAGACAUCAUUCCCUUUGACCACACCAGAGUGAAGCUAACUCUCACCACAAGUAAAACUGACACUGACUACAUCAAUGCAAGUUUCAUCAAGGGAGUGUCAGGGUCCAGGGCAUAUGUUGCUACUCAGGGUCCGCUUCCCCACACAGUGGUGGAUUUCUUGAGGAUGCUUUGGGAAUAUGAGAUCGAAGUCGUAGUGAUGGCUUGCAGAGAAUUUGAGAUGGGAAAGAAAAAAUGUGAACUCUACUGGCCGCAGAAGCAAGAUGAGACAUUUGUUUGUAAGCCUUUCACGGUUCACUGUGAUUCUGAGGAAAAUAAUGGAGACUACUUGACAAGGACGUUAAGGUUGACUUAUUGCAACUGUGCUCGCACUUUGAAACAGCUGCACUACGUCAACUGGCCAGAUCACGGAGUGCCAGACUCCAUCCCCCCCAUUCUGGACAUGCUGUAUGAGAUGCGCACCUACCAGGAUCAUGAUGAAAUCCCAAUCUGCAUCCAUUGCAGUGCUGGCUGUGGGAGAACAGGAGCCCUCUGUGUCAUUGAUUACACGUGGAACCUCCUGAGGAAGCAGAUGAUCACUCCUGACUUCAAUAUUUACAAUUUAGUUCAAGAAAUGAGAACCCAGAGGCCCUCUGUGGUGCAGACAAAGGAACAGUAUCUGCUCGUGUACAGAACCAUCAAACUACUGUUUGAGAGAUAUUUGCAUUCCAUGGACAUAGACGCCUACCAAAAUGAGGCGGCUGUCGGCGCUGUGUCCGAAGGCGAGCUCUCUGACCUGAGCGAUGAUUCGGAUUUGAUGCCACGACUGCAGGGCCUGCUGGAAGAGGAGAGGUUCUAUUUGAAACAGAACCACACACCGGCGCCCUGUGCCCAACGAUGUCAGCCAGCCCACCUCCCCCCAGACGCUCUGACCCCGUACCCAGACCUGAAUGAUACGGUUUCCGAUAUGCCCCUUGAACUGAUGGAUAACAGCCACGGGAUUCCUUCUGUGGGCGACGUGAUACAGGGGAGUGAUAACGGGCCCUCAGUGCUACCGGAACCGCCAGCAGCCGUGUCAGAGGUCAUUUGUCACAUGGUGGAGGACCCCUAUUUCGAUAUUCCGAUGAAUUCCCCCUCGUUAGAGGAGUCACCAGCAGACCCAGUGGACAGCACCGAAUGGACACCUAAGUAUAAAAACAAACCACGACUCUGUUUCUCAGAUCCAUGUGAAAGGUUGUCAGUCAUCAUUCCGCCCAACGCUGCAGCUGAGGCCAUCAGGGAGUUUGGAGGGAGCCCGCCCUCACCCGUGCCCCCUCUUCCUCUGAGAACCCCUGAAUCAUUUGAGCUGGCUAUUGAUCCAGGCAAGUUCAGAAUAACAUGCAAAUUCAAAUGA